CAAUUUGUGGAAUGGACAUAUACAAACGUAUAAGACGCGAGAAAAAUUAAUGAAAAUGUGUGGUCGAAUUUGUUGCUCAUUGGACCCUGAAACUUUGUGUUGUGCAUGCGGAUAUAAGGAUGCCAAUGGUAAACAACGUAAAUUGGCAUGGGCUAAAACUGAAUUAAAAUAUGAUCCAUCGUAUAAUAUGUGCCCACGAGACGUCCUACCUUGUAUAGCAUCUGGUUCACAUUUUGAAGGAGAAAAAGAGGAAAGGGUUCUUUGUGCCAUGACAUGGGGGAUGAUUCUACCUUGGUAUCAGGGAGAUUAUAAGAAACGUCCAAAUAAGAUAGCCACUCACAACAGUCGUUUGGAAAAUAUACAUUCCUCAACAGUAUAUUCUCCAUCAUUGCAAAAACAACAAAGAUGUAUUGUGGUCUGUGAAGGCUUCUACGAAUGGAAAUCUGGUACAGAUAGCAAAGUUCAGAAGCAACCAUACUACAUAUAUACAACUCAAGACAAAGAGAUAAAAGCAGAUGAUCCCACAACAUGGGGCAAUGAAUUUUCUGAGACAGAUGGAUGGAAAGGUUUCAAAGUAUUAAAACUGGCUGGGAUAUUUGGAGUACAUAAAACUGAAGAGGGGAACAUUAUACAUAGCUGCUCUGUUAUUACAAGAGACAGUAACAAAGUAUUGUCUUGGCUACAUCACCGUAUGCCAGUAUGUCUAAGCAACGAGGAAGAAUGUCAAGUAUGGUUAAGUAAACAUUUAUCGACAGACGUGGCAAUUAAAACGUUAAAUAACAUGAUAUUACAAGAAGCUGCACUAAACUGGCAUCCGGUGUCUGUGAUUGUCAAUAAUGGACUCAAUAAAACUAUUGAUUGUAGAAAAAAGAUAAAACCAAAGGAGAUUGGUCAAGCAUCUUUUAUGACUUCUUGGCUGCAGAAAGGAUCAAAUAAAAGAAAAAAUACAGAUGAUAAAGACACAAGCAACAAAGAGGGCAAGAAUAUUUCAAAAAUUCGGAAAGAAAAUUAA